CUUGUAUGGAGGAUCAAGCUUUAAUGCGUAUCCUUACGUCAGUAGCUCGAAGCUCUGCAAGGUAGAAAUGCUGUUUCUUCUCAGAAACAACCGAAGUCCUUUGGAAGUCAUUGAGAUUGCGUGAAUUAUCAACCUAAAGUUCAAAGGCACCAUCGAUCCUGAAGGGACGACCAAAGUGCGCAGAGCCAUUGGCUAGAUUUGAGCUUGGCUCUUAACUUCGAAGGCAUUCACUCACCAGAUCAACAUUCGAAGAAUGUAUGGACUUCAAUUCAUCUCAAGUUCGGGGGAAGGCUGUUAUUCGAAUAUCGAGCUGCGAGAUGGCAGAAGCUUUGCUGAAAACUGAAAAUUAAAAAUUCGACUGAAGAUCCAAGCAGCAACGUAAAGAACACACGAUGAAAGGCCAGCGGAUAAGGUUCGCAUUCCUUGGCAAAUUUCACACUCACAUCCGCAGGCAGGCUGAGUGUCAACCGUCUUCCAAAAUCAAAGAAUCUGGAGUCCUUGGGGAUCAUAGAUCCUUGCUCAUACAGACCAUAGUGAGCUGCUGACUCUGGGUGUCCGGUAAACUUGUCCCGCAUGCCCCAAUGAGAUGUUGAUAGAUCACGUGGCAAGGGCAGUGUUCUGUGGCCAGGGCUUCCAUGAAGAGAUGAGCAUGCUUUCCAAUACACAAGACUGGUUCGACUACAACAGCUGCUGCAAAGUGUUUCCCGAUCUAGCCCGUUUUUUGAAGCUGGUCCUUUUCCGUCUAUUCAGUGGCUGGUGAUGACAUCACGGGCUAUGAGCGUAGAUCCAAAAAGCUGUGAGAAAGUUUGCGUAAGAGCACGCAAGACUUGCUGACCGUCAGAUGCCAGGAGUCCUCUUUGGACAUGGAAGACGGCCAUGGAGUGCAGGAGGAGACCAUCGCUGCUAAUUUGCUGGCCAUGGUCGAGAAACAGAAUUCCAUGUCAAAGGAAACAACGGUCUCACUCAAUCUC